CCAUCAGGCUUUCCGCACAGAGGGAACGAAGAUGAGCAGCUCCAGCGAAGGUAGCGGCAGCUCGACGACAGCCGAUCCGACCAAAUCAUACAGAGGUGUCCGGCGCCGAAAAUGGGGGAAGUGGGUAUCCGAAAUUCGCGUUCCGGGGACCCAAGAGCGCCUCUGGCUCGGUUCCUACUCGAUGCCCGAGGCCGCCGCCGUGGCCCAUGACAUUGCGUCGUACUGUCUCCGGGGGCCGGCGUCACUCCAGAAGCUUAACUUUCCGUUGACUUUGCCUGCCGGGGCUCGGCCUGGGAUGUCGCCGAAGUCCGUGCAGAAGGCGGCGUCGGACGCCGGCAUGGCCGUGGAUGCCCAGUUUGCGAUGAAGCAAUCGAACGGGAGCGCUCGUAAUGAUCAAGUUGAUGUUGCAGAUCAGCAGAGUAGUUCGGAUUACCAUUUUCAGAGCGAGUCGAGAUCGCAGGGGGAGGCUUUGAACAUUUCGGUGGAAGAUUAUCUGUGAAGUGUUCUUCAUGUAUUGGAUUGGUUGGAUGAUCCAUAAGAGUCUUGCAGUAACAAUUAAUUGUCAGCUAGGCUAGCGAUAUUGUCAGCAUGCAUAUUACCUCCUGAUCAUGCAUGCAAAAUGUUUAUAUAUACAUGAUAGAGUACUGCUGCUAAUUAAUUCAUAGUUAAUUACA